AUGGAGCGCGCGGGCGCCGAGACGAGCGAGCGCAACAUGCCCGACUUCCUGCUCGCGCUUCAGACUAAGUACAGAACCGAGGCGCCCCGGGCGCGGGUGGACGAGCAGGACCUAAAACAGUGGGGCCUGACAGGGAUAAAUCUACGGGCUUAUCAACUGGAAGGAGUAAACUGGCUCGCCCAUUGCUUCCAGUCCCAAAAUGGCUGUAUCCUGGGAGAUGAGAUGGGCUUGGGUAAGACCUGCCAGACUAUUGCUCUGCUCAUUUACUUGGCUGGAAGAUUAAAUGACGAAGGACCAUUUCUAAUUCUCUGUCCCUUAUCUGUUUUGGGCAACUGGAAAGAAGAGAUGGAAAGAUUUGCUCCAGGUCUUUCUUGUGCCAUAUAUACAGGUGACAAGGAAGAGAGAGCCCGCCUACAGCAGGACCUAAAACAAGAGUCACGUUUCCAUGUGCUGCUAACUACCUAUGAGGUUUGCUUGAAAGAUGCAUUAUUUCUAAAAUCCUUCCAUUGGAGUGUUCUUGUUGUGGAUGAAGCCCACAGGUUGAAGAACCAAAGCUCCCUGCUGCAUAAGACAUUGUCAGAGGUAUUUGAGUUCUCUGUAGUGUUCAAUCUUCUGCUGACUGGAACUCCCAUCCAGAACAACCUGCAAGAGCUCUACUCCCUCCUCAGUUUUGUGGAACCUGAUGUUUUUCCUAAGGAGCAAGUGGAAGAUUUUAUUCGGCGUUAUCAUGACAUUAAGAAAGAAUCUGAGUCAGCAAAUGAAUUACACAAACUCUUGCAGCCAUUUCUGCUAAGGCGAAUGAAAACAGAAGUAGCUACAGACCUUCCCAAGAAGACAGAAGUAGUGAUAUAUCACGGCAUGUCAGCACUGCAGAAGAAAUACUACAAGGCCAUUUUGAUGAAAGACCUCGAUGCCUUUGAAAAUGAAACAGCAAAGAAAGUUAAACUUCAGAACAUCUUGUCGCAGCUUCGAAAGUGUGUGGAUCACCCAUAUUUGUUUGACGGUGUUGAGCCAGAGCCUUUUGAAAUUGGAGAUCACCUGAUUGAUGCCAGUGGGAAGCUUCACCUGCUGGAUAAGUUGCUGGCAUUCCUGUACUCUAGGGGCCAUAGAGUUUUACUUUUCUCCCAGAUGACCCAGAUGUUGGAUAUUCUCCAGGAUUACAUGGAUUACAGAGGCUACAGCUAUGAGCGUGUGGAUGGCUCCGUGAGAGGAGAAGAGAGACACUUGGCGAUCAAGAACUUUGGACAGCAGCCCAUUUUUAUUUUCCUUCUGAGUACCAGGGCAGGUGGAGUUGGCAUGAAUUUAACUGCAGCAGAUACUGUUAUUUUUGUUGACAGUGAUUUUAAUCCUCAGAAUGACUUACAAGCUGCUGCCAGGGCUCACCGAAUUGGCCAGAACAAGUCUGUUAAAGUUAUUCGGCUGAUUGCCCGAGAUACUGUGGAAGAAAUAGUCUGCAGGAAAGCAGCUUCCAAACUGCAGCUUACCAACAUGGUCAUAGAAGGAGGCCAUUUCACUCUGGGAGCCCCAAGACCCUCGGCCAGUCCGGACCUCCAGUUGAGUGAGAUUCUCAAAUUUGGUUUGGAUAAACUGUUGUCCUCUGAGGGGAGCACCAUGCCUGAAAUAGACUUGGAGUCAAUCUUGGGAGAAACAAAAGAUGGCCAGUGGAUCUCAGAUACCUUGUCUGCAGCAAAAGAAGGAAGCAGGGAGCAAGAGGAAGAAAAAAACCAUAUGUACUUAUUUGAAGGUAAAGAUUAUUCUAAAGAGCCUAGUAAAGAAGACAGAAAAUCAUUUGAGCAACUGGUGUAUCUUCAGAAAACUCUUUUGGAGAAAACUAAUCACGAGGGCCGAUCACUCCGAAAUAAAGGCAAUACUGUCAUCCCAGGCCUGGUGGAGGGCUCCUCCAAAAGGAAGCAACUCUUGAGCCCAGAAGAGCUAGAGAACAGAAAGAAAAAGAGACAAGAGGCAGCAGCCAAGAGAAAGCGACUAAUAGAGGAGCAGAAGAGGAAAAAAGAAGAAGCUGAACAUAAGAAAAAGAUGGCCUGGUGGGAGUCCAACAAUUACCAGUCAUUCUGCCUGUCUUUUGAAGAGAGUGAGCUAGAGGGCUCCGAGCAUGGGGAAGAUGAGAGUUCUGCUGAACUGGAUUACCAAGACCCAGACUUGACCUCCAUUAAGUACGUUAGUGGUGAUGUCACCCAUCCUCAUGCCGGCGCUGAGGACGCGCUCAUCGUUCACUGUGUAGAUGACUCUGGCCACUGGGGCAGAGGUGGUUUGUUCACAGCUCUGGAAACACGUUCAGCAGAGCCAAAAAGAGUAUAUGAGCUGGCAGGGAAAAUGAAAGACUUGCAUUUAGGAGGUGUUCUUUUAUUUCCUAUUGAUGAUAAAGAAUCAAGAAACAAAGGACAGGAUUUGUUGGCCUUGAUUGUGGCUCAGCACCGUGAUCAAUCCAAUGUCCUGUCUGGCAUUAAGAUGACAGCCCUAGAAGAAGGCCUGAAGAAGAUAUUUUUAGCAGCAAAGAAAAAGAAAGCAAGUGUCCACCUUCCACGAAUUGGUCACGCCACGAGAGGUUUUAACUGGUAUGGCACUGAGCGACUUAUUCGGAAACAUUUGGCUGCAAAAGGCAUCCCAACCUACAUCUAUUAUUUUCCAAGAAGUAAGGCUGUUGUCCACCAUUCACAAAAUGCAUCUUCUACCUCAAGAUAG